UCCAAGUAUAAAUUUUAUUUGUUGCAAGUUAGGAUGUCCACAUCUCCUGAGAUUGGCAAAUUUAUGUUUUUACCCUCACUAUUCAAGUGCAAUCUCCAUUUUACCCUCCAAACCCACCAUUGCCACUCCCUUCCUCUAUUAUUAUAUGGUCGAAUGAACAAUAAGUAGCUUAGUGCAAACCAAUUUUAUGAAUAUUGUUUUGGUGCUCAUUUCAGUUUGUCAAUUGAAAUGAAAUGUUUUGGUAUCAAUCUAUUUCGGUUUACCGUUUUGAGAUUACUAUACCCGUAAAAAUUAAUAAUAUAUGCCUACUCUUUUACCUUAAAAGUAAAAUAAUAAUAAUAAUAAUAAUAAUAAUAUGUAGUGAAGUCAGAAGUGGAUUAAAAACAUUAAGGGAAAAUUUUUAACUUCUUACUUUAUGGAAUUCUGGUAAAUAAAGGAGAGUCUAGGAUUUUUUUUUUUUUAAUUGGUGGGAAGUGUCCUAGAAGUUUCCUUACUCCCUCUAGGCUCUACUACUCAACAGGUGCUUUACCAUUCUUCACUUCAUCUCCCUAGUUUCUUCCUCAUCAGAUCUCCUUUCUCCGUCUCUUCACAAACAAAUUUCAUCCUCCACCAAGGAAGCAUUGGCAGGAGCUCAAGAAACACAAGGUCAAGAAUACACAUACUUAAAGGCAAGGUAACUACUCUAACAAAUGCAAGCAAUACAUGUGGCUCCAAUCUCUAGGAAAGCAAAUGCUAAUGGCGGAGAAGGGCAGUGGCUCAAAGAUCAAGCUAAAGGAGAAAAUGAGAAAUAAGUUGAGCAAACUAAACAACCUUGAACAGUUGAUGUUGGAUGGUUCAUCAAUUGAUAGAAGUCUUCUUCAUAAAAUUGGAGUUAUGACUUCUCUUAAUGUAUUGGCAGUGAGCAACUGUGGACUGAAUGGCACCCUACCUAGUCGAGGCUGGUGUGAACUUAAGAAGCUCCAAGAGAUAGACCUCAGCAACAAUAAUUUUGAAGGGAGACUACCUUCAUGUAUGGCAAACUUGACAUCACUCCGGGAUUUGAGAAUGUUGAAGAAGAAGUAGAGUUCACAACAAAAACUAGAACUUACUCCUACACGGGUGACAUCCUUGAGUACAUGUUUGGAAUUGACCUCUCGUGCAACAACCUAGCAGGUAAAAUCCCACUGGAACUCGGUAGGACGAGCAGCAACAUUCGUGCAUUGAACUUGUCACACAACAAUCUAUCCGAACCAAUCCCAGUAACAUUCUCAAAUCUAAAGCAAAUAGAAAGUCUGGAUCUUUCCUACAAUAAUCUGAAUGGCAAAAUUCCACCUCAGUUGACCGAAAUGACCUCUCUAGCAGUCUUCAUUGUGGCUCACAACAACUUAUCAGGAACAAUACCUGACAGAAAAAAUCAAUUCAUUACUUUUGAUGAAAGCAGUUAUGAGGGGAACCCUCUCCUGUGUGGGCCUCCAUUACAUAAUAGUUGCACCAAAAUGAGGCCAUUGUCUACAAUAUCAGUGGAUAUUGAGGGGGAAGGUGGUAGUUUCAUUGACAUGAGUGUCUUCUACAUAAGCUUUGUGGUGGCUUACAUAACUAUCCUGUUGGGAAUUGUUGUAGUUCUCUACAUAAAUCCAUACUGGCGUAGGGCGUGGUUUAACUUCAUUGAAGUGUGCAUUGACACUUGCUACUACUUUUUUGUGGUUCAUUACCAUAGGUUGUUCAAUUUCAGCUUUGCAUAGCCUUGUAUUGCUACUAUUUUGUUGUGGUUUAUUACCGUAAGUUGUUUAAUUUCAGACUUGCAUAGCCUUGCAUUUUAAUGAUUACAUGUAUGUGUGUCUCUUCUGUUGGAUUUUGAAUCUAAAGAUUGAAUUUUAAUA